AUGCAGCACAUUCUAACUGACGUUUCCAGCUUGAACAUGCUGAUCGAAAUUCGUCUACGUUGUCUGCGCCUUAUUGAAAAAUGGAUCUCUACACAUCAUCCAGAACCAACUAAGCUUCUGUCAACUACUGCUCAUCUAAAUGAUGAGUGGGCUGCUCCCUCCCCUAUCACAGACAUCAGCGUAUCGUCCGUGUCUGGUCUUGUUCCGCAUCCGCUAUCCUCCAAGUCGAUGAGCUUGUGGGAUGAAUUAUUCCGUGAACUCUUCCUCUCCCGAAUAUCGAACUUAUGUGGACAAGCAUUAGACAACGUUCUAAAGGAGUGGACCACCGAGGUGCUGGAGUUAAUGGAGACUGCCUCUAAGGAUAUGACGUCCGCUUCGCAGACCACGGAUCGCAUGAACUCAGCAGAAGUAGGCUUUCGCUUUGACGGCUGUUUUGUGAUGUAUUUGUUACAGUAUUUUGCUUUUAGCGUGGCUCUCUUUUCAGCUGCAUAUCGGUCACUGAAUAUUUGA